AUGUCCAUGGACAUCGACGGCCCGAACUCGCGCCCAGUGGCGCUCCGUGGCAAUGAAUGGGUACAAAGGCUCUUCCACAGACAUUCACCAUCGCUCCACGGUUAUUCGUCCGCAUGGAUCAUGGACCAUGCAGUAUCUCUGACCGUAAUCACGAACCGAUGUGCUAUCGCUGCGGCCAUCUGUGAAUACUUGGAUGACGAGCAGAAUUGGACAGCCUUGUACUUCUACGACACCCUGCUCACGUUCUCCGACAGUGUUGAGCUGAUAUGGCAGCGCAAGAUAGCCGGAGCGAGCGUGCUGUACAUUGCCAACCGAUACCUGAUGAUUCCGUACCUCAUCCUCGAGUUAAUCGCUAUCAAUGACACUGCGAACUGCGAGAGCAUCGAUGUCUACGUCUCCGACUGGAAGCUACCCAUGUUGGUAUAUCCUUUGUGCUCUUUCAGUUCGUACAGCUACUCGCAGAUUACGCCUCAAAUCUUGCCACCGCCGCUGAACUGUACGAUGCACAGCGCAGUGACCGUUGGCCUCAACAACACACGCGAGGGCUCCAACCUCAUAAGUAAUACAGUGUCGUCGAAAAGUGUCGUCACAAGACUUCUCCUGAAUGGCUCAUUUCACCUCGAAGGUUCCAUCUACUUCGUAGUCCAUCUAAUCUUGAACGUUGUCGAUGCCGUCCUUACCGCAACCGGGAUUUACACCGCUUAUCCUUUCACAUCUCUUCCUGAGCAUUCGCAAAGCGCUGCCAGCACAGUGUCGAUUCUGGAGUUCAAUCCCUGUGUCAACGAGGAUGGCGGUGACUUCGGCGGGAUCCAGACACACGAGAACGAAGCGGAACGAGUUUACGUUCUACCAUAG